UUUCGUUACCUAUCCUUUUGACUCGUUAUAUUCAUUCAGGCUCAUCAUGAUGGACAACGACAGUCCUUCUACUAACCACCACUUGCAAAGCUAAACGUGGUUUUUCUUUAUAGUUUUUUGGAAUAAGGCUUUUCUUAAAGACAUGCUAGCUCUAAAGCUUCAAAAGAAGUUCACAGGGCUUUCCAAUGAGGAGAUUCUUUCCCUCACAGAUCAGUUCAACAGGUUAGACGUCGAUGGAAAGGGCUACCUGGAUCAAGCGGCUACCAUUAAAGCAUUUGAAGAUUCACACAAGGGAACUUAUGAUGAAGUGCGCGAAGCAAUUCGGGAAGUCGAUAUAGAUUCGUCUGGUCGUGUUGAAGCUGAAGACUUCGUUGGGAUUUACGAUGCUUUAAAGAAAGGUGUUGAAGGUACUGAGGUAAGAAAGGGCCGUAUCACUAUUAAAGGCUCUUCUUCUAGUGUCUCCCAUACAAUUAACGAGGAAGAACGCCGAGAAUUCAUAAAACAUGUAAAUUCCGUUCUUGUAGGUGAUGCUGAUCUCGGAGAACGAAUCCCCAUCAAUACAGAGACUUUUGAGUUUUUUGAUCAAUGCAAAGAUGGAUUAAUUUUGUCCAAACUUAUCAAUGACAGUGUGCCAGACACUAUUGAUGAACGUGUUUUGAACAAGCCAAAGAACCAAAAGCCCCUCGACAACUUCAAAAGCAUUGAAAACAACAAUGUCGUAAUCAAUUCAGCUAAAGCUAUGGGUGGCAUUUCUAUCACCAACAUUGGUGCUGGAGAUUUGUUAGAAGGCAGAGAACAUCUUAUUCUAGGUCUCGUUUGGCAGAUCAUCCGUCGUGGUCUGUUGGGUAAAAUUGAUAUUACUCUUCAUCCCGAACUGUACCGUCUUUUAGAAGAAGACGAGACUUUAGAUCAAUUCCUUCGUCUUCCUCCUGAGAAGAUCUUGAUUCGUUGGUUCAACUUCCAUUUGAAUGCUGCGAACUGGCAUCGCAGAGUUUCUAACUUUUCUAAGGAUGUUUCCGAUGGUGAAAACUAUACCGUGUUGUUGAAUCAAUUAGCACCAGAACUUUGCUCACGUGCCCCCUUGCAAAUUCAAAAUGUUUUGCAACGUGCUGAAAAGGUUUUGGAAAACUCCGAAAAGCUCAAUUGUCGAAAGUAUCUUAGUGCUACUGCUAUGGUUGCCGGUAAUCCCAAAUUGAACUUGGCUUUCGUCGCUCAUUUGUUUAACACUCAUCCUGGUCUGGAACCCUUAAAUGAAGAAGAAAAGCCAGAAAUCGAACCGUUUGAUGCUGAAGGUGAACGCGAAGCUCGUGUAUUCACUUUGUGGUUGAAUUCUCUUGAUGUCGUCCCCAGCAUUCAUGAUUUCUUCAAUAAUUUAAGAGAUGGUUGCAUCUUAUUACAAGCUUAUGAUAAGAUUACUCCAGGUACUGUUAACUGGAAAAGGAUUAAUAAACCUCCAGCUUCUGGUGACGAAAUGUUACGUUUCAAAGCUGUAGAAAAUUGCAACUAUGCAGUUGACCUAGGUAAAGAACAAGGCUUCUCAUUAGUUGGUAUCCAAGGUGCUGAUAUCAAUGACGGCUCUCGUACUCUAACAUUGGCUUUGGUUUGGCAAAUGAUGCGUAUGAAUAUUACGAAGACCUUGCAUAGUCUCAGCCGUGGUGGUAAGACCCUUUCAGAUAAUGAUAUGGUUGCUUGGGCAAAUUCUAUGGCUGCUAAAGGAGGAAAAGGCUCACACAUUCGUUCUUUCCGCGAUCCUUCUUUGUCCAACGGAAUAUUCGUUCUUGACGUACUUCAUGGUAUUAAAAGUGAAUACGUUGACUAUAGUCUCGUUACUGAUGGCUCUACUGAGGAAUUAGCCAUUCAAAACACUCGUUUGGCUAUCUCCAUUGCUCGUAAACUAGGAGCUGUCAUUUUCAUUUUGCCCGAAGAUAUUGUUAAUGUUCGACCACGCCUUAUCUUGCACUUCAUCGGAAGCUUAAUGGCUGUCUAAAAUCCCAGUAAUUGCCGUUUCAAUGCCUACAUCGUAAGUAGUUUAGACGUCAUUUCUUCAAGUAUGAAGCUUUAUAACAGCUAUUAUGCCAGUAAAUUAUGUCAAUUUAAUUUUUGUUAAGAUCCUCUUUGGCUUUACUCAGUCCCUGUUUUGUCUAAAGAGGAAAUAUCUGCUCUUCUAGAUUAUCGUACGCACUUCGAGGUGUGUAACUUUCUUUUCAAAAUAAUGAAAGCAGAUUUUUUCGCAUUUUAUGUUAAGUCUAAAACAUUCGUUUCGAUGAUGAUGACAGAGUUGAUAUGUGUAAUGUUUGAGAAGUAGAUUGCACUCAAAUCUUCAACCUUUUAUCAGUUAUGAAAAUUCCUUUUUCCAUUACAAUAUCUUAAUUAUGAAUUAUCUAGAACAUAUUUUUUCCAUUAUAGAGUUAUGUGUGCUUUUUUACCUGUAAAUCUUGUGAGAUCAUCCUCAUCGACACCAUUCCAUUGUUACUCCAUACCGAUUAAUUAGAGGCAGCGAACACCGUAACCACCUUAUUUAACUUGUGCAUUGGACAUACAUUUAAUAUAAAAACAAUGAUAA